AUGGGCAUGUCGACUCAACUGCUCUUCACGGCAAUCAUCACGUUCAUGAAGGUCGCAAUCCUUCUCACCUACAUACGCAUAUUUCCGUCGAAGCUCGACAAGUGGUUCUGCCGCUUGAUGAUCUUCUACACGGUCACUCUGAACACGGCCUGCUUCUUCAUCACCCUGUUCCAAUGCUCACCCGCCAGCACGUACUGGGAGAUCUUCAAGUACAUCAACACAGCCAAGUGCCUCAACAUCAAGGCGAUCUACUACUUCCACUCGGCGCAAAACACAUUCAGCGACUUCGUCAUCUUCCUAUGGCCCGCGAGAAACCUUUUGAACGUCCAAGUAUCGCUCCGUCAGCGCGUAACUUUGACGAGCAUGUUUUCGCUUGGUGUUAUUGUAUGCAUCGCCGGCGUCGUGCGACUGUACUACACACACCUAUACCUCGUCUCCUACGAUGUCUUUUGCUGCAAGCCCCUCAUGAACAAACUGUUCCCACGCGUCUUCGGCAACACGUCGCAAGCAUCGUCCCGCCGCCGGCCAUCAAACAACUUCCUCGGAGGCAAAUUCGCACCAACGUCAUCGUCAUCGGCAGGGAAAUCCGAGCAGGGCUCAUAUCGCAUGCAAGCUUUCCAGUCGCGUCCCGAGAUACGGCGCGGUGCGACCAUGGAGAAGCGACCACAGCCAGACGUUGAGAAACAGCUUCCUCCGCCCCCACAACCGUCACACCAAGGGCUGCGGCCACCCAGCCGAGCGGCUUUCACCGGAAGGAGACAGGGAGACGCGUACAGAGAGCUACAGGGCAAUGGAAGUGAUUCGAGUAUAGAGAUAUUCCUUUUGCAGCGUAAUUAA